AUGGCAACUGGAUGGCUCACUCUUGAAGCCAGCAUAAAUGCUAUCCAGACUAAACAACAUGUUGCUACGAAUUUGGAGCAGUUGUACAAAGUAGUCGAAUCUUUGUGUGAAAAUAAAAUGGCGCGGACCACAUAUGAUAAGCUAUUGGAUAAUAUCCGCAAGUGGAUUGGUCGAUUCAGGAACGAACUAAAUGAGAAAUGUGUAGCUGGUGGAGUGGAGUUUAUGAAGGCGAUAGAGAACCUGUGGAGUGAUUACUGUGAACAAAUGAUCCUUAUUCGCAAUGUGUUCUUGUAUCUGGAUAGAACUUUUAUUCUAGAGAACAUAGACGAAUCGCCUAUCUGGGAGUCGUCCUUAGUAAUUUUCCGGGAGGAAAUCAUCCUGCAUGGCACUGUACUGAAAAAACUUGUUGGAGGAAUUCUAGAUAGAGUUGCAGAAGAAAGGGCUGGAGAUCAGGUGGAUCGAUAUUUACUGCGAGCUCUUCUUCGAAUGUUGCGAACGCUCGAUCUGUACAAGCAGGCUUUUGAGGACGAGUUUCUUUCGAGCACGACUCUGCAUUAUACCCACGAAAGGAAGGACGUAUUCGAGGUAUUCUACAAGAAGGAUCUAGCUAAGCGGUUACUACUCGGUCGAAGUGCGAGUGUUGAUGCUGAAAAGAUCAUGUUGAGUAAGCUCAGACAAGAGUGUGGCGCUGGUUUCACCCAAAAACUUGAGGGAAUGUUUCGAGAUAUGGAGCUGUCAAAGGAUCUUGGAGUUGCGUUCAGAAAUACAGUGGACUUUUUGUUGCACGUUGAGCGCCGAAUCAAAGAAGAAAACGAGCGAGUCGAUCUCUACCUUGACGAGAGCACUCGAACACCUCUGCUGACGAGAGCUGAAAAAUGCCUCAUAAGCGAUCACAUGCAGGAAGUUGUGGACAAUGGCCUCUCUUUGUUACUGAAUGAUAAUCGUGUGAGCGAUGUGUCACGGCUAUAUUCUCUCCUCACUCGGAAAGUUGGUAAAACUAUGAUCAUGGAUCCUCAACGAGAUCCAACCAUGGUCGAGGACUUGAUGACUUUCAAAGAUAAACUGGAUGUUUUUGUUGAAACUUGCUUUGGUUCCACUGAAGACAAGAUGAAAUUCGCACAGGCGGAGAAGGACGCUUUCGAUUAUUUCAUUAAUACCCGCGGAAAUAAGCCGGCUGAAUUAAUCGCCAAGUUCAUGGAUGCAAGGCUACGUAGCGCGAAUAAGGAGGCCUCUGAUGAGCAGUUAGAUCUGCUGAUGAACAAAGUGAUCACGUUGUUCCGUUUCAUACAAGGGAAGGACGUAUUCGAGGUAUUCUACAAGAAGGAUCUAGCUAAGCGGUUACUACUCGGUCGAAAGUGUGGCGCUGGUUUCACCCAAAAACUCGAGGGAAUGUUUCGAGAUAUGGAGCCUGUCAAAGAUCUUGGGAGUUGCGUUCAGAAAUGUCCGUUAUCUAAUUCCACUGAGAGCUCAUUAGGACGGUUUGAUGAAUGCGUCGAGUGCAGCGUGAACGUGUUAACGAUGGGCCAGUGGCCGGCAUACGACAACAUUCAGGUUACCCUUCCUCAUCAUUUGAGCUCAUCUCUGCAGCUUUACGAAAAGUUCUAUGACUCGCGGCACACUGGUCGUAAACUUCAGUGGCAACCACGACUGGGGCAAUGUGUUUUGAAAGCCAAUUUCCGAAAAGGGUGCCAAAAAGAAUUGAAGGUGUCGUUGUUCCAAGCGAUUGUUUUGUUACUCUUCAACGAUCAACCAUCGUGGACCGCUGCAGAUAUCAUGAUGGCAACCAAACUUGAGCAGAAAGAGUUUGUCCGUACAAUGGUUUCGCUUUCCGUGGCUAAAAUUCGCGUUCUCCUCAAAAAUCCCAUGAAUAAGGAGAUCAAGGAUGACGACGUGUUUACGGUGAACACGGACAUAAAAGAAAUGCGGUUCAGAAUUCGAAUUUCUGAAGUUCAAAUGAAGGAAACGGAAGAAGAAUACAAAGCCGUUGAAGAGGAGGUCAAUCAAGAUCGGCAAUAUCAAAUAGAUGCAGCAAUCGUUCGUGUGAUGAAGACACGCAAAAAGCUCAAUCAUCAGCUGCUGAUCUCAGAGUUAUUUGCACAGCUAAGAUUCCCGGUUCGAGCAGCCGAUUUGAAGAAACGAAUAGGCUCGCUUAUGGAAAGAGAUUAUUUGAGAAGAUGCGACGAAGAUCCAAAUUUGUAUCAAUAUGUCGCAUAUUACGAUGGAUCUCGAUUCCCCGAAAUGGCGACAGGUGGGAGUGGCUUCGGUGUGGUGGACAUGCUGUAUCAGGCGAUCUCCGACUCUUUAUUCGGUAUGAGGCCGCAUGCACAUCCUCUUCGUGAAGCAUUGAGGAUUGCUCCUAGCAGCAGUGCAGAAAAAGUGAUGUGUGAUUCUGUGCAUCGCUGCCUUUUUCAAUUAGUGAUUACACUACUUAGAACAGAUGCCGGUGUCCAUGCUCUUCGCAACGCGGUGAUAUGCCAAGUUCCGGUUGAAUAUGCGACUUUGGAUUCUAGCUUAGAGACUAAAAAUCGGCAUAUUAGAAUGUGGAAUAGUGCUAUCGACGAAUUUUCACCAGGAUCUAUGAAAGUGCUGGGUCUGAAUAGUGUUGCAGCUGGGUUCUGCAUUCGAAGGCAUGUCGCAUACAGGAGAUACACCUAUCGGAUCGCGGUGUGUCGUGAUUGGGAUCUGUGGGAGUCCAUUCGAGAAUCUCCGUCCAGAGUUUGUUCCUCAGAAAAAGACUACGCUUGGCGGUUACCUCCUGGAUUUUCACCAGAAAAGGCAUCAGAUGCCUGCAAAUUCUUCGAAGGCGAACAUGUGAUGGGCUCGUUCUUCAAGCAUACAGCCCGUGAUAAACGAAAGGAGCCGUACCCCAGAAGUACCUUGCGGAAUAUACUGCUCUGUCAGAUUUCACGAGGCGAGCAUAUUUCUAUUCCGAACGACAUCUACGACUACUAUAACGUUACGAUUGUUUCGAGGUUCAUUUGUCAGAGAGCAGAUCCGGCGCAUGAUGUCCUGCGUGGUUUUUCACGGCUACGAUCGUCUACCGCUCGAAACGAUUCGUUGGUUGCUGAGGAAUCCGAUCAGCUCAAACUUUUACGACCUUCGGAUAAGGAUCGCACCACCGCAGGGACUGUUCCUGACAGAUGUGGUGUUCCCACCAGAGAUGUUCACCAAGCCCUUCCCGUGUUACCAGCAUGGAUGGGAUCGUCCUCAGGAGAAUUCUGA